UACGGUGCCUUGCCGUGCCGCGUCGCGACUGACCGCCGUGCUGGAUUCUUUUUGUGUUUGUUUUUUUAAUUCAACGAAUUUAUUCGUCCUAGGAGGGCUAGGAGAAGCUUGACUCUGUGCCGGGGAUGGCAGACAGUGAGCGCAACAGAAAGAUUUUACUGGGACUGGUGAAGCAGCCCGGGAACGACCGGUGCGCAGACUGCGGCGCGCCCGGUCCGGACUGGGCGUCCUGCAAGCUGGGGGUCUUUGUGUGUCUGCAGUGCUCCGGGACGCACCGCAGUCUCUCCACCAGGGUCAAAUCCCUCUUGCUGGACUUCUUUGAGGAUGAUGUAGUGGAGUCAAUGAAAUCCAAAGGCAAUGCCAAGGCCAAGGCUGUGUAUGAGAAAGCUGUUCCACCUUUCUACUACAGACCUCAGGAAAAUGACAACAAGGUCCUGAAGGAACAGUGGAUCCGGGCGAAAUACGAGAGACAGGAGUUCACUGGAGAAAGAAAAUACCCACCACCGGGAUACACCACAGGUUUCUAUGAAGGGAUGCUGUGGAAGAAAGGGAAGGAGAAGACACUGUUUCUGCAGAGGAAGUUUGUAUUGUCAGAGAGAGAGUUUAACCUCAUGUACUACAACAAAGAAGAUGAGUCCAAAGGCCCUAAAGCUGUAAUCUCCAUCAAGAACUUGAACGCAACAUUUCAGCCAGAGAAGAUCGGUCAUCCUCACGGGCUGCAGAUCACUUACCAUGAUGACGAUCACACCAGGAACCUCUAUGUUUAUCACGAGAGUGCCGAGGAAAUCGUCACCUGGUACAACGCCAUUCGUGCUGUUCGCUUUGCAUACCUGAAGACGGCGUUCCCAACUGGAAAAGAUCAAGACCUGGCACUAAAAAUCACAAGAAAUUACCUCAAAGAGGGGUACAUGGAGAAGACAGGACCACUGCAAAAGGAGAUGUUUAAAAAGAGGUGGUUUAUUUUGGACUCCCAAAGCAGGGCGCUGUUAUACUUCAAAGGCCCGCUCGACGCAGAGGAGCUGGGGGUCGUCUUCAUCGGAACAGAGAGCAUUGGUUACUCCGUGAAGGAGUACGUCCCAAAGACCGCCCGGGGAAACAAGUGGAAGUGUGGCGUCAUGGUGCAGACGCCCGGGCGACAGUUCAUCUUCAUGUGCGAACAGGAGAGCGAGCAGAAAGAGUGGCUGGAGGCCUUACGAGAGGUGUUGUCCAGACCCAUGGCACCGCAGGAUUACAUAGGUGAAGCCAGAGUGAGGAACAGAAGAUGACCGACAGAGAGACGUCACAGCAGGAUGAGGCUUAAAGAGCUGCAGCCUUCUGAAAUAUAACAACACAACAGGUGACCUGCUGUAAUGCGUUGCCUUUGUGGAGACUGUGGAAAGAAAGGUGGCCUGUAAAUGUGCUCUAUGUGGAUUAAACAUGUAUAUACACUCAAUUCAUCUCAAAAUGAACCGGAUGCUUAUACUUGAGAAAGUAUUGUUUUGUGAUUUAAAAUCUUUUAUGACUCCCGACAGCUGAUUUACACUCUCCUUCAUAUCAGUGUGGUGGUUUUGAGGAUGUCUCCUAAUUUUGAAAUUUGUAACAUCAUUGUUGAAUAUACUUUUCCUUUUUUAAGUCUUUAAUAAUACAUUUGAUGGAGAAGAUAUUUCAAAAACUUCAUCAUUACAUCUUUUGGAGAUAUGUUUUCAUCAUGGUUAUUAUAAUGUUAUCUGUGUAUAAGUGAUAAUCCCCACAUCUAGUCCCUUGCACACAUGUGACAACAGUUAGCAAAUAAAUUAUUUUUCACCACAUAUAACAUCAAAUGUACAUAAAAUGGGCUCAAUGAUCAAAUGUACAUAAAAUCGGCUCAAUGAUUGAAGAUUACCUGAAAAAUAA